UGUUUUCCUCGUUCAAUCUUUAAAGACAUGGCUUCCUUUUUCAGUUCAAACCCGUUCUCAUCUCCUGUCGGACAGCGAAUCGAGCGAGCAACUGACGAGAAGUUAGCUUCCGAGGAUUGGGCACUGAAUAUCGAGAUUUGUGAUAUUAUAAAUGAAACUGAUGAAGGGCCUAAAGAUGCCAUCAAGGCUAUAAGAAAAAGGCUUUCAUCUCCAAGGGACUUUAAAGUUGUCAUGUUCACUUUGACAGUCCUUGAAACAUGUGUUAAAAAUUGCAACCGAAGGUUUCAUAUCUGUGUGGCUACUCAAGAUUUCCUUCAUGAGUUAACAAAAUUAUUACAACCAAAAUACAAUGCUCCUGUUAUGAUUCAAGAUAAAAUACUUGCCCUCAUUCAAACAUGGGCAGAUGCAUUCAAGGGCAAACCAGAGCUUGACGCUGUUCCUCAUGUCUAUAACAAAUUAAAAACACAAGGAAUUCAGUUCCCUGCCCAAGAUCUUGACUCGUUUUCACCCAUCUAUACUCCAGAACGAUCUGUUCCUGAACAACAACCUGGGGAUUCAGAACCAACACAUCACAUGGUUCCGGGACUCCCCGCUGGUGUUCGUUCACGACCGGCGACGAGGCAACCCACUGCAUCACGCCAUACCACUGCACCACGCCAUACCACUGGACCGCGAACAUUAACCACUGAAAAACUUGCGAAGUUGAGGUCACAACUGGACGUCGUUCAAGGAAACAUUCAGGUCAUGUCUGAAAUGCUAAUUGCCGUCAAACCAGGAGAGGAAAGUCUUGAUGACCAUAGUUUACUUAUGGAACUCAAUAAAACUUGCCGUGCGAUGCAAACUAGAAUCGUUCAACUGCUUGAUCAAGUCGGAAGUGAAGAAGUCACGGAGGAACUGCUUCGUGUCAACGAUGAUCUAAAUAAUGUGUUUAUCAGAUACGAUAGAUACGAGAGAAAUAGAGCAGGUGCACUGGGCACUACCCAAGACCACACUAGACCCAGGCCCUCGCCAGAGCCAUCGCAGGAUGUAGUUCAACUUCCAAGAGAGACGGAAACAUGGGAACCAAAUACCGCACCUCUAAUCGACUUUGAUGAGAGCGGAGGAAAUACAACCUCUUCAACGCAGGAAAUGGACGAAAGAAUAGCGAGACAGUUUGGAGAUAUGGGUGUGACUGAAACCAACAACGGAGACGAAUUCGAUAUGUUUGCACAGACGAGACAGAACACGUUUGAAGACAGCAGAAGAAUGGGCUCUACUUACGAAGACAACUCCUCGUCGUUACCAGACCGCACACUAGCAAGCGCUAUGCACGUAGCAGAACCCGCUGAAACAACGGAGAAUGAAGGCAAAGAAGCGAGUUCGGUUGAGGGUGUUGAGGACUGGCUUGCAACUUCAGACUUGCCAUCGCAACAGCCUGCGUCGGAACAAACAUCCAUGACUAGUUCAGAAUUUGACGCGUUCCUUCAACAGCGUGCAGUUUCUGGUGGAUCAAGAACAAGCACUAAAAACAAACCCGGUCAGAGACAAAUGAAAAAAGAUGUCGACGAAUCGGACGAGAUGUUUGGACUAUGAUGCAAUUAUAUCGGACACUAAUAUUUCUGACAUAAUCAAUCGUUAAUAACCUUGUGCUUCCACGCCUAAGAUCUUUUCAGAUCCUUUAGAAAAAUUCUACUUUUGAAAAGAAGUUUUUUAAGAGGGAUAGUUCGCUUGAAUCGCAAGCCUGUGACUUUAACGCUAAUACAACUGAGUAAGAUAACGCUGGAGUAGAAAUUAAAGCUAGUGUCUUAGUUUCUCUGAGUUUCCAGUAGAAAUACUUGACACAGAACGCUGUGCUGUAUGAAAUUGGAAUCAAUAAACCCAUUUCAAUUUUGUGUAGAAAUUUCGAGACUGACUUAUGUUUACAAAAUGUGCCAAAGUUACAAUGCAAAAGUGAUUUUCAAAAUGUGCCAGGGUUUUUUCCCGAAUGGCCAGUUUGUUUUGUAUUUAAAAGCAUUCAUCUUUUUGCUGAAGAAGUUUAGAUAUUUCUACGCCGAAUAGCAAUUUUCAAAAGCGUCAGUUUGUGAAAGCACCCAACUGUUG